UUCCUUUUGUUUUCCUGGUCUUCUCCCUUUUCGUUCUCUUUUUAGAACUUGGUAGGGAUGAUGUGUUUGAUGUCUGCAGUGGACGCCCUUCAAGAGAUAGCUGCACAACUGGGGAAGAAAGACUGGAAUCGCAGCGUAAAUCAUUGCAAUGCCGCAAGCUGGAGAACACCAAAUUCAGUUGGGGCUCCGUACAACAAUACUGUCAACUGCAAUUGUUCCUACCCUGAUGGUGUAUGCCACGUGGUUCAAAUAUUUUUUAAAGCGCAGGAUCUUGAUGGUACACUUCCACCUGCAGUGGUGAAGCUACCCUACCUUAAGCAAAUUGAUCUCAAUAGGAACUACCUUAGUGGCACAAUACCAAGAGAAUGGGCUUACACAAAGCUGGAAUUUCUGUCCAUCAGUGCCAACAACUUAUCAGGACGUAUUGACUACUUGGGAAACAUCACUACUCUUCAAACCCUGAGCAUAGAAAGCAACCUGUUUUCUGGACCUAUUCCCCCAGAGCUUGGGAACUUGGUUGACUUGGAGACUCUCACUCUUAAUGCCAACAAUCUCACUGGAGAGUUGCCCACCACUCUCACAAAUCUGACCAAAUUGAAAAAUCUGAGGAUUAGCAGUAACAACUUUGCCGGAAGAAUGCCUGAGUUCUUUGGAAGCUGGAAACAACUUCAGGCAUUAGAGAUCCAAGCUAGUGGUAUUGAGGGGCCCAUUCCUUCUAGCCUUUCAGUCUUGAGUAAUUUGACCGAGCUAAGAAUUAGUGACUUACGUGGAGAGGGUUCACUUUUUCCACCAUUACAGAACAUGGGAGGAAUGAAACACUUGAUGUUGAGGAGCUGUAAUAUCUCUGGAAAAAUCCCUCCAUAUAUAUCAAAUAUGACACACCUGAAUAAAUUGUAAUUCUUUGGUUCAUUAUUCUCUAUAAUUUUUAGUGAAGUGAAUGGAUAUGAAGACAUUUAGAAUGAUUUUUAUGUUGAAACGUGUAGAUAUAA